ACAUCGUCGAAGUACCGCGGUUCUUACGUAAAUUGAAAUUACGCUGUCGCGGUUUCUUGAAUAAGUGCGCUUGUGAAAGUAAGUCUAUAUUCUUUAAUAGUGGAAAUGAGUUGCAAACAACUUGUUCUUGAUGAUGAUCAAAGAUUUGCCCUUAUGAAAUUCAGAAGAAGUGUUCAAGAUGUUAUACAAUCUAAUCAUAAUGAUGCAUUUUUGGUGCGAUGGCUUCGGGCAAGAUCGUGGAACGCCGAAGCUGCUGAAAAGAUGCUCAGACAAUCCAUGAAAUGGCGGCUUCAGUGGGAAGUAGAGACAAAAUUGAAGGACUGGAUUCCUCCAGAAGCAAUCCAGUUGUAUUACCCUAGCGGAAUAUGCGGAUUUGACAAAGAUGGAGCACCGAUCAUUGUUGUGCCAUUUGCCGGUCUGGAUAUCGUGGGUCUUUUGCAUUCGGUAUCGAGGCAAGAUUUAAUUCGAACCACAAUCCAGAUUUUAGAACGGGUUCUGAAAAUGGCUGCUGAAACAGGAGCCAAUAACGUAUUAGUAAUUUUUGACAUGGAUGGUUUUAGUUUAAGACAAUAUGCAUGGAGACCAGCUGGCGAAUUUAUAAUAGCAUUGCUCCAAAUGUAUGAGGCGAACUAUCCUGAAAUAUUGAAGUCUUGUUAUAUCAUAAAUGCUCCAAGAGUAUUCGCCAUUGCAUUCAAUGUUGUCAAAAAGUUUUUAAACGAAUACACCAUUUCGAAAAUUCAAAUUUUUAAAAAGGAUCCGAAAAAAUGGAAAGCUGCCAUUUUGUCGAAUGUAGCUCCUGAUCAGUUGCCUAAACAUUUUGGUGGUGAACUAGAGGAUCCUGAUGGAAAUCCUCGAUAUGUAACCAAGAUUAAUCAAGGAGGCAAAGUACCAAAAUCAUUCUACACGAAAAAACUAGAUGAAAACUCACUGUCCCAAGACAGAGAGUACGUCACAGCUGUGAUAAAGAAAGGCGACAAAAUUACUUUAGAUUUUGUUGUAGAGGAAGAAGGUUCCUUUUUGAGGUGGGAAUUCAGAACCGAAGACCACGACAUUCGUUUCGGUAUCACGCUCAAAGACGCGGAUGGGAAUACUACCCCUGCAGUUAGACAUGGCCGAGUAUCGUCACAUCAGAUCGACGAAAACGGAGUGUUGGCGUGCCAGGCACCAGCGAUUUAUACAGUGACGUUUGACAACACCUACAGUCUUCUUAGGAAUAAGAAAAUCCAUUACUGCGUCUACGUUGCACCGCCGAUAAACAAAAUAAAUAUUUUGCCCACUGAAGAAGAAAGCGAUCUAUCAUGCUUACCAGAGAAAGUAGCGACUUUAGGUUUAUGAAAAGUAAUAGGAUUUCCGGAAUAUUAUUCUCAAAUAAAUUGUUUUCUAUUAUUGAUAUUGAGAUAUUAUUUUUAUUGUACAUAGAUUUUUAUCUGGAUAUUGUUUUCGAAUAAAUUUGAUAUAUUAUACCUUAUGAAGUAUUAAAGCAUGCGAUUGUGUUUCAAUAAACAUUUCUGGAAAAAUUUGCCUCCAAAAAUCAAUUUGUUUGUCUUAUUAUCAUACUUGUGUCAAAUAAAGUCGGCAUACGAUUGUUCGGAAGUUUACCACAAAAUCCAGCUGAAUUCUUAAU